UAGAUGUUAUGUCAGACCAUAAACCGCUGGUAUCAAUCACAAAGAAGCCACUGGUUAAUUCUUCGCCAAGGCUUCAAUGCCUGCUUCUGAGACUUCAGAAGUAUGAAGUCAACAUCUCUUAUGUUCCAGGCAAAUACAUGUAUGUAGCAGAUACACUCUCAAGAGCCUUUCUGAAUGAGCAGCCUACAGAUGAUGAUUUGAACGAUGACAUGGAGGUGAUGGUCCAUAGCCUCAUUACAAAUCUUCCCAUGACCCAGGAGAAAUUGGCACAAAUGAAGUCUGCAACAGCACAAGAUGAAGACCUUCAGAAAUUAUGUACAGUUGUUAAGAAUGGUUGGCCUUCCCACAGAAGCCAAUUGCCUGCAUCAAUUGCCCAUUACUGGAGUCUUCGUAGUGAAAUUCAUGAAGUAGAAGGCCUGUUGUUCCUUGGCCAGAGGCUCAUAAUCCCACAAGAUAUGAGACAAGCUGUCCUGAAUUGUAUCCAUGAGAGUCACCUUGGUAUUGAAAAGUGUAAGUCAAGGGCCAGAGCUGUAGUCUAUUGGCCAGGCAUGUCUACUGCAAUUGAGAGACUGGUGGCUAAAUGCCCAGUGUGUCUCAAGUAUCAAAGAGAGAACCAGAAAGAGCCUCUCCUGCCUCAUGAAGUUCCCCAGAGACCAUGGCAGAAGCUUGGUGCAGACAUAUUUGAACUGAACACUAACUCUUAUUUAGUUGUGGUUGACUACUACUCUAAAUAUCCGGAACUUUGUCUUAUGAAAGACAAGACAGCUAGCUCUGUUAUAACUAGCAUGAAAUCAAUUUAUGCCAGACAUGGUAUUCCAGAUGAAGUUGUUGCCGACAACAUGCCCUUCUCAAGCAAGGCUUUCCGUAAUUUUGCAAGUGAGUGGGGAUUUGAAAUCUCCACAUCAAGUCCCAGAUACCCACAGUCCAAUGGGAUGAGUGAAAGAGCAAUCCAGACCAUCAAGAAUUUACUUAGAAAGGCUUGUGCAGACGGAAAUGACCCCUACAUUGCUCUACUGGAGUACAGGAACACACCCAUCUCUGGACUUAAGGAGUCACCUGCUCAGCUGUUAAUGAGUCGCAUGUUGAAGUCCAAACUACCUACUGUGGAGUCUCUCUUGAAACCUCAAGUGGUUGAUAGCCCCCAACAGAAGCUGCAACAGCGGAGUGAUAAGCAGAAGAUGUACUAUGACCGGAAUGCUAAGCAGCUGCCGAGUAUUAAGGAGGGUGAAACAGCUAGAAUAAGAAAAGGAAAGACUUGGGAGCCUGCCAUCGUUACUGCACAACAUAGUGCUCCAAGAUCCUACAUAGUUGCAACACCUGAUGGUACCACCUACCGACGAAACCGUCAUCACCUGCUCCCAACAGUCGAGUCGCCUCCACUGAUCGCAGGACCAGCUAUUGAUGGGCCAGGCGUGCCUGUAGUAGCCGAACCGCCAGUUGCCGUCCCACCACCUGAUGCUGCCAUGCCCUCCCUAAACUCAUCCAGCCAUUGCAGUCCUCAACAGACACAGCGUACUUCCAGCGGCCGAACUGUCAGAUUACCAGCAAGAUUCAGAGAGGACUAUGUUAUGAACUGAACUGUCCACACUCAGUAACCAGACAUUGAAUCAGACUGU